AUGGCCAACUGCCUCACUCUCCUCCUUCUAAUCACCACCACCGCCGUCAUAUUGGCGGCCGAAAAACCACCAACCACCAUUCCAACGUCACCACCAAUUUCCAUCCCCCCACUGGAGCAAGAAAAUCCUAACCACCAACACACCACCAUCUCCAACCCCCAACAGCUCAACAACAUAAUAGACGCUCUGAUCGGAGCCGGCGACUUCCACAACUGGGCGGACAUGCUUUCCGGCGCCGUGGACUCCGCCAUGUUCCCGCUCUCCGCCACCUUCUUUAUACCCACCAAAGAUCUCCCGCCAAAUCUUCAAAUGGACCCUUUCACUUUUGCCUACCAUGUCGUCCCUCAACGCCUCACUUUCUCUGACCUUUGUCUCCUCAAACCCCUCUCUCGCCUCCCCACUCUCUUGCCCACAAAAUCGAUUCUCGUUACGAACAAUUCGGUUUCAAACUUCACUCUAGACGAUUCUCUUCUUUCUGAGCCUGAUUUUUAUCUCACUUCCACCAUUUCUGUUCAUGGAGUCUAUAAUUUUCUUGACUACUCGGUUUAUGGUGGAAAUUACACUCCUUUCUUGCCUGAACAUUCACCUCCUCCGCCACCACACCGGCGGCGUGCUCGAAGGCCUUUUGUUCCUACGCAGGAGGAGAUUCAACGCGGCCAUGGUGGUGGCAAGAGGUCAGAUGCUGCAUGUUUGUGGUGGGAGUUUCAUGUGGUUUUUGGUGGGUUGUUUGUGGGGCUUUUGGGGUUCAAGAUUUUUUAG